AUGAGUUAUCGUCAACGUCAUUCGGCGCACUAUCAAAACUUAUCAGAUAAAUAUUUGAUUGGAAAAAAAGACAUUGAGGCGGAAUGUUUUCAUCGGCAAUAUUAUCAUAUGUAUCGAGCAAGAGUUAAACUGUUGCAGAAACGAAUCAUUGAUAACGCAAAGUUAUUACUCGGUGACGAUAUUGAACCGUAUCAACUUACAAAAGUUAGAAGAGAUGAUUGGGUUUUGGUCAUUGGUACAAUAAUAAAGCGUGUUAAAUUAAGACCAAGCAUCCUUCGUGAUUUGGCGGAGGAACAGCUUAUCCUUCCACAACCAGUUGCUGAAGACAAAUUAAUAGGUGAAGAAGAUUUUGUGGAAUUUGAAGACGAUGAUCAAAUUGUACGUCUUUCUGGUGAUUUUGUUAUGGACGAAUUUGCUACAGGAUGUGUAGUUGGUAUAUACGGCAUGCAGCUUGACAAUGAUAUCUUUCAAGUUAGUCAGGUGAUUUGGCCUUCUAAAGCACCACAACCAACAUAUCCAGUUCUAAAUGAUGACAGAUAUGUUGUGUUCGUCUCAGGAUUCUCUUUCACUGGUCAAGCUGAUAAAGAUGCUGAAAAGAUAUUUUCUCUUAAUUUGUUACAGAAGUGGCUUUGUGGCUCACUACCGCUAUUCGAAAAGGUUUACACGUUUUGA